AUGAGACUCUUUCUGGUGCUGGUGUUUGCUGUUGUUUGUCGAGGCAUGGACCUCGUGAACCUGAUUCUGGAGCUGGACUCUACCGAGGACCAGCGUUCCUUCGAAACUAGAUACGGGCAGUUGUUGGCGGGUGAGCACAAGUGCUACGACAUUGGACACGUCAAGCUGUGCCACGGCGCGUUCAACAUCAACUUUGUCAAGUCGGCCUUCUUUGACAAGGCCGUCAAGCGGAUCAGCCUGGACCGCCCGGUGCAAAUCUCCGGCGUGGAGGAGUUUGCCCCAAAACACCUAGUGCGAAUCUCGCAGCUCGGCAACGUCAAUCGGCGCCAGCUGAUGGAUUACACGUACGAGCCGGCGGCCGGCGCAAACGUGAGCGCCUAUGUCGUGGACACCGGGAUCAAGCUGGACCACCCUGACCUGAACUCGCGAGCUCGACUCGGCGCCAACCUGGUCAAGGACGGCACGUAUGGUGAUCCUAACGGCCACGGAACAGCACUAGCUGGGUUGGUUGGCUCAGAGAUGUUUGGAGUGAGCAAGAAAUGCACUCUGGUUGAUUACCGGGUGCUUGACGAAACUGGAGUCGGCAAACUGUCUUCUGUUCUUGAAGCAAUCAAAAUGAUACACGAUAAUGAGGUUCCUGGGGUGGUUUUGCUGGCGAUGGUGACCGAACGCAAUGAGAUCUUCCAUUCUGCCUUGUCGCAGCUGGUGGAGCGCGGGUUUGCGGUCGUCUCUGCGGCGGGGAACUUCCACGGCAACGCGUGCGACUACUCCCCCGCUGCUUUCGAACACGGUCUCACAAUUGGCUCGAUCGAGCCGUACAGCGACAACCUGACCUUCUUCACGAACUGGGGCCCCUGUGUAGACGUGUUUGGCGACGGAGUCGGGGUGGCCACGCUGUCUCCGGGACCAGACCUGGUGACCCGCAAGUCCGGCACCUCAAUGUCUGCUGCCAUAGCUGCCGGAUUGCUUGCUACCUACAUGAGCAUGAAUGACACCUGCUCAGAAGCCAUGCUCAAGGUGCGAAACCUGGCAGAGGUCGGCAGUAUCGCGGCAAGCAGUAUCAGCCAGUUCCCGGAAACCCCCAACCGAAUUCUCAAUAACUAUGGAGGUAAGCUAGGGCAGAUCUUAAAUAGUUAA